ACGGCUUGGCAAUGGAAGCGCUCUGGGCCAAGAGAGCUGCCUGUGCCCACCCCUCCUCCUGCCAGUGCAGCUCCAGGCUCAGCUGCUGUUGUGGCUGUUGGUUUGCAGCAUGAACCUCCUGGCACGCGACGCCUCCCCUCCGUCCGAGCCCAUGGAGUCCCUCUCCAUCACCCACCGGGACUACAGGCAGGAGGGCUUCCAUCCUGAGCCCCUGCCCCCCACCCAGGUAAGGGGCUCUGCGGGCCAGAGUAGCAGUCAGGCUCCCCACCCCUUCCCUCCUGGACACGCCCCAGUAGCUCCCCUGACGUCCUCUCCUCUUCAGCCCCACGACUACCGGCUGGAACAACCACAGACAUUCUGGCUUGAACAUGCCCAGCAGGUGCCGGGCACCUCCAGCAUCCGGACGGGCGACACCCCUUUCAGGAAGUGCGCAAUGUUCACCACCCCCGUCUCGGAAUGCCUCGACCAGCCGUAGCUGUACGGCCCAGAAAACGUCCC